AUGGCAGCCAGACGAACUAGAGGCAUGACCGGCUCGGACCUGAGCAGGACCAGCACCACCGUCUCCACGGACAGGGCCGUGGGCAUAGCCGAACAGCUGCACCAUGAGUGCUCCGUCUUACUGGAACUUUAUGUGAGUAUUACUGGUUCCAUUGGCUACAUUACUACCUGUAGCACAGAUCCCAGUAUGAGUCCAGAGUAGAGUAGGAAAACGAGGAGAAAUAGAAAUCUGUGCGUGGGUGAAGGACAGUGAAAAGUAGACCAAGGUUAGAUGGAAAAUUAAUGGAUUUUCUAUUAAAACUUGUGUGAGUGUCUCAUAUCUGUGACUUUGUGUGCAUGGUUGAGGAGAAAGAGGUAUACGGACAGUGUGUGAGAAAGAGGGAGAGAGGAGAAGGAGGAUGCGUGCAAAAGUAAGAUAAGAGCAUUGGAGUGAAUGUGUGCACAUAAUGUGUGUGUAUGUAAGAGAGAAAGAAGGAGAGAGAGAGAGAGAGGAAAAUUGUGUCUCAGACAGCAGGGGGUAAGAAUGCAGAGUGAAGGAGGUGAACUGUGCUGGAAUGACAGAGGUGGGCGUUUUUUUCUGGCACAAACUCAUCAAUACCCACACAGCAAGCCUUCAUCUCUUUCCCACAUGCCUGUCUCUUUUUGCCCAUAGGUGUAUGAGCUGCAGUUUAUUAAAACUUCUUGGUUUCCUGCCAGCUCACCGUCUCAUCCUUUCUUUUAUGUGCCUUGCUGGGAGCAAGGGAGCGGUCUGGCAAUAUAACUUCAUCCAUUUCACUCCCAGUUACAGACCCUUCCUUUUCUUUCUCAGACAUACUCCUCAUUUAUUUAGUUGGCUAUAGAUUUCCUCGGAAAAUCUUGCACAGCCCCUCGGCUAUAUCGCACUCUAAACAUGUCAUGAAGUGACUGGAUAUGUUUGAGCAUGUCACCUUUGUUCCUUCCUGUAAUUCUCUUUAAGUUUGACGCAGAAAGAGGAUGUUAGUGAUGGGCAUAGCGGUUCUUUUAGGUGUACUGAAUCACUAAAAUCAAUUCACUAAAAAGAUUCGUUCAAAAGAUUGUUCACCAAAUCACUGAAUCACUUAACGCUUGGCGGGAGAGGCCUGCGACCCUGACCUCCUGAACUGAUACACAGCUGAACAGUUCAGGAUUCAGUUCAACUCAUAGUUUCUGGGACUGGGAGACAGGAGUGUUGGCUGUGUUGCUUUGGCAAAAGUCAUGAUGUUUAAGUGUACUGUCCUAUUGUAUGCUAUUUAUCAGGUCUGCUCAGUAAAUUGGGCUCAGUGAGUGAUUCGUUUAGAAGAAUUCACACUGAACAUGCACCAUGAUGUAAUGUACUACUUGUUACAUGCUGUGUCCUAUUGUAUGCAAGUCGUUGUGGUGGCAAUUGAGCUGUAAAAAACAAAAAAAAGGUAGUUUUGUCCAACAAAAACGAUUUCAGAGAGUGUAGUUCGGUGCGUGAUUCAUUCACCAAGUGAUUCAGGCGUCAGUGCAUGUGGUUCCUUGUUCGCCGGCUGCCGGCCUGGUAAUGCUGUUUCUCACUUCAGCUCAACCGAAGUUAGAAACAAAUGAAUUCCUCGAGGAAGUGAUUCGGUUCAGUACGUUCACUUAAAGGAUUUGGUUCUUUUGAAUGAAUCGUUCGUGAACGACACAACACGAGGAUGUUGCUACUGGAAGAAUAUGAUUUUUUCCAGUCAGGCUGUCCCUCGACUGUCCAUUGGUUGGGAAACACAUGGCAACAUUUGUUUAAUACCUCCUAAAUCAUUAUCAGUGUUAUUGCAGUUUGCAAAGUUCCAUGAAACUAGUGCUCCAGGUUAUAGCAUCUCUUCCUGGUGUUUCCAUAACCGCCCGAUUCACAUUUCCUCCGCUCUGCUCUGCUGCUCGUCACACUGCGAACAAUUAACACACAGGGUUCAACAUUAACGCCUGAGUACAAUGUCACGAGGAAGCCUCAGGGAUUCACAAAUCAUGCAGUAACUAGUGCUGAUGCCAGCUACACACCUUUGAGGGGAUCACAAUGUCAGUUUGGUAGUUAAAGAAACAGGCCUUUGCUCUUAGUCUGUUGUAAAUUGGUUUUAAAGAAUUGUAGUUUCACAUGUUAGAAAACUGAUCUGUUUGCUAAAAUUACCAUUGGGACAGUUACAGCAGACACAUAACUCAGUUUUGGCUCUGUUACGUUCAGAUUGUUUUAUUUAAAAUCAGUUUAGUGUAGCAUAGUUAUCCUGGAUGUGUCUUGGUGAAGCACUUAACCACCAACCUAAAAUACUGCUUAUCAAAAACAAACCAAAAAAAAUCAAAGAUUCAAAAGCAAACUUUAUCAUCAAUCUGUUUUUUAUUUAGCCAGCUGUUUUCACUCUUAAUUCUUGGCCAAAAUAAUCAUCCACAGGCUGACAGUGGUUUCAAUUAUCCCAACUUUUUACAGAAGUAUGUGUUUCCUUCCCUGAUAUGUCAAAAUAUUCAUAAAUGAGACUAUGUGUGUUUUAUAAUGUUUUAUUAUAGAUGUGUCAUUUAUUUGGUAUACUUUCGUGACUUGUGUCCGUUGAACCUAUCUAACUACUCUCUCUUCACCCUCGUGGCUGUGGUUCUUGAGUGUUGUUAAGUUAAUCAUCUUGACCUUUUACAUGUUGGUUUGAUAAAGCCUUACCGGAAAAGGGCUGCGGGCAAAUUCCUCCAUCAUCUCUGUUUGUUAUGAUUUAUUCUUUGAGGCAAUGUGAUUGAGCCUGAGCAAAUUCCUGCUGGAUUAGGAGACAAUCCCUAUUGCUUCAGUGAGAAUUAUAAAUUCAAUAUCUAGCCAAAUUGCUGUCAGAAGUGACGUCAGUAUGGUUAGUAAUUGAAGGAAAGCAUUUUUUGCUUCUUCAUUCAUGCACUCCACUCUCCAGCUACUGUUUUGUAUUUUCACCAUUUCUGUUCUGUAUCUUUUUAUCUUCAGAGGAAAAGGGAGAGCCUCCCCCCAGAUGUUUCUGUGUCUGAUGGUCGUCUGGUGUCCGUUCCUCCUCCAUCUUCCCAACUGGACACCAGGGACAAGAUCUGGCGCCUCCACUCGGCUCUGCUGCAAUGCCGCAGCUUGAUGGAGAGAGCCAUCGCAAAAGAGGGGGAAGAGUUGGACGAUGGGAGGAAGACUGAGUAUACGACCCAGAGGAGGAUGGUGAAGGAAAGACUGUCGUUUCUCAUAUUUAGCACUGGGGAACUUCUCAAAGCUGUGGACGGCACAAUGGGGGUGACUCCUAGCGUGGAGGGGUUGGAGGUAGGUCCCGGUGUAGACAGAGACGUCAUAAUCAGGGGCAUGUCCACACUUGACUGACUGAGAUUGAAUGGAGGGCAGUGCACCAUCAAAGAGCACAUUUUAAUCCUGUUCAAUUCAAAGAACUUUAUUAACCCCCUAAAGAUCAAUUCAGUUUUGCAGCCUACUCGUAAAAAACAACAAAACAGACAGAACAACAAAAACAACAUUCAGAUAUGUCAGUAACAACAGGAGUGUUGUUAGGGGGCUUUAUUGUAGAGAGAAUUUCCAUGAUACAAGUCCAAAAUAAAUACCAUUUCUUAUUCCACCAUUCAUAUCUACUUUCAGGGUCCUGUGUUGAGUCUUUAGCUGGUUAUGAAACUAUGAUGCUGAAAUGGGCAAUCAUGCUGCAACGGCCCAAUCAGUCUCCAUUAGGAAAGAAACCAAACAACUGGAGUAACCCAGUCACUCCACAAAUACAGAAACAGAGCAAAAAGAAAACAUCCCUUCUACCUUUACUUAGUACCCUCACAUGUUUAGAGUACUUCUGUUAACAUCAUUUAUAAAUCUUUAGAUUAAAAAAAUGAAAAUGAUGUGACAGAAUGAAGGACCUGUUGCUACACUGGUCAGAAAGUUGAUUUUAUUUUCCACUUAUUAACUUACACAGUGACAUUAAAGGGAUAUUCCCUAAGAUUGAGUUAGGGUCAAAUACACUUUAACACCGAGUUAGACACCCCCUCGAGAGAUGAAUGUUGCCGACCGCUUGCCUGUCUAGGUAUACCAACUUUAGUAACGACCGCACGAUUGCAAUCGAAGUGGUCUGAGGAGCAAUAAACAAACCUCAACCAAAACGCCACUCUAUAGCCGCAAAUAAUGCUCAGAACAGCACCUAACUGCAUCAACAGGACAUAUAGGGUCCUAGCCACCAAACAUCUUUUUAGCUUUGCCUGGUUUCCUUAGAAAAGAGACUUAACACAACUCAACUACUCUCUUCCAGCAGCAACUUGUUUGUAGCGAGACCUCAGGCCAGUCCAUUCCGGACUACAGCAGAGUUUCGCAGCUCAAGGAAGAACAUUUAUGAUCAUUUCCUCAUGGAAAUGCAAUCAGACUGAGACGCUAAGGCAGAAGAACUACAAUGUCUGCAGUGCAAAAUGUGGAUUUGGUGAUUAUUACGUCAAGAAAAUGAUAAAGAAAUGAUCAUAAAUGUUCUUCCUUGAGCUGUGUCACCCCGCUGUGACGUCCAUAAUGGAUUGGCCUGAGGUCUCGCUACAAACAAGCGGCUGCUGGAAGAGAGUAGGUGAGUUGUGUUUAGUCUCUUUGCAAAAGAAAUUAGGCAAAGUUAAAAUGAUGUUUGGUGGCUAGUGCUAUGGCUAGGACCCUAACUCGGCAUUACGGUGUGUUUGACCCCAAAUUAAUUUUACGCCAGCAUAUCCCUUUAAGGGGUGGCCACCUUUAGAAGGGAAGGUCCCCCCGGUCAUCCCCUGAAUACGGCCCUGUGUUUAAUGUUGAUAAUUGUGUGAAAUUAAGGCAGAGCUUGGUGAUCUUUCCCUUCUUAUUGGCAGUUAGACGGUCCAUCGGUUCUGUUUGAGCUGAAGGUUUGGAUCUACCAGAUCUACAAAGAAGUGGACUACUGGACCAAGACGGCCAUCACUACCUUGCAAGCCCUGCCUUCAGUAUCAGCCAAGGAGCGAGUGAGGACCAGACGAGUAAGGAGCCUAAGGAGUGCGAGGAGAUAA